AUGGGCAACGUACUAACAAAUCUUGGUAGCAGUGUAUCGCAAGCGGUCCGUGGCCGGAAGCGUAAGCGUGGUGCAGACGAAAGUGCGGACGAAGGUGGCGAUGGCAGUGAUCUGCUGGAUCAAUCACUACAGACGCCGAAAAGGAAGAAGCUGGUCUCCACGGCAAAGUACAUCUAUCAGGCACUGUUUAAGGAGGAACGAAACUCGGACGUUACGGUGCACGCGCUCGGCAAGCAGUGGCACCUGCACAAGGUCUAUCUGAGCCAAAGUCCCUACUUUGCGAGCAUGUUUAAUGGGUCGUGGCGCGAAGCGGACGAAGACUAUGUGCAUAUCGAGAUCAUUGAUCCGAAAAUUACGAUCGAAUCACUGUACUCCGUGUUUGGGUCGUUGUAUAUGGAUGAGGUGGUGCUGGAUCCAAAGGAGAUCGUUUCCACGCUUGCGACAGCUACCCUCUUCCAGCUGGACAGUCUGAUCGAUCGCUGUGCGGAGGUGAUGGUGGAAACGACAACUACUGAGACGGCAGUCCUGUACUACGAAGCAGCCUGCGAGUACGGCGUCAAAACGGUCAAAGAAUCCACCUUCCGCUGGCUGCUCGUCAAUCUGCACAGCUUCUAUCACCGGGCCGCCAAAUGGUUACGACUGAUCAGUGCCGACCUAAUGGUGCGGCUCGUAUCCAGUGCCGACCUAUACGUCGUACAAACGGAAUUCACCGUCUACAUGCUGCUCCGCUACUGGAUGACCAUCAAACUCUUCCCGGACGAACCAGCGCAAGAUGGGGUCGAACAUCCGCAGGAGCGUUACUUUGCCAAGCGUACCAGCAACGUCCCAUUUCUGGCCACCGCGGAAGGUGCACCGUUUAAAUCGGCGUUCCGCGCAAUCCGACUGCAGAAUCUGUUGAACCACCACGUCGACAUACAGAUCAUCCGGACGGAUAAGAUCAUUCCGAUGAAAUGGCUCCACAAACCGCUCCUUCAACAGUGGACCAGCUUGCUGACGAUCGAUCAAUCGCUCGAUCGGUUGAUCGAGUGUGACGAUCGGGUAUUUCUCGAAUCGUGUAUCCGCUGCGGUCGAAUACUGACCGAAAACGUGCUCCACAAAUGGCGCUGGACUGGGUUUCAUUUUGGGCUCGAUUUGCUACUUUCCUCCGAUACGCGCACACUUCGCAUCCGCCGCCACCACCGGACGGAAAACGAACGGUUGCUCAGCUUACGGGUAAAGCGGCAAUUUUUGGUACGCGUGUCACUUGCCUCGUUGAACGAGUUGCGCCAAAUCAAGCACCAGCAGACGACACCGAUCGUUUCGAUAACGCUGGAAAAGAACGAAGACACACAGCUGCUGGUGUUUGAUCCGGAGCUAACGUUUCCGGUGCUGGUGUCAUUAAACAUGAUGCUUCUACCACCGCCGGAAGAGGCGCCCGUUAAGGGUGGGAAAAAGGCAAAAGAAAAAGGAACACAGCCAACAAGCAGCAGUGGUGGUGGUUCGACGGGUAGUGAACGACGUCUUUCGAAUCAAUCGGAACCGGUUGCCGGUGGUAGCAGUAGUAAUAGUAGUAGCACUGGGACGGUAGAAUCACUAGACGGUGGUGGUUCGUCUUCCAAUCGGGUGCUGUUACCGAACGAAUCCUGA